GCUCACUACAUUAGCUGAAGACUACGAAAAACCCCAAAACCCUCAACCCAUGACAUCGCUAAAGUACUCCAUUCUUUCCAACUCGUACCGAGGCAAAAAAUAGAACCUCCUACAGUGUGUUCUCCUCUGAAUUCCUGACACCUCUACAGUGUGUUCUCCUCUGAAUUCCCUUUCCCACGAUGGACCUCUGUAAACUAGAAUGCCUCUAAAUGAUAAAAAGGGGCUGCUGUAGUCGUUGAGAGAAAAAAGACGAACGAUUACGAGCCUGCCACCUCCUUUCUCCCUUGAAGUCGUUGGGAUAAGAGCGUAGUCGUUGAGAGAAGAAAGACGAACAUUUACGAGUCCGUCACCCUCUUUCCCUCAAAAAAGAACUUUGUGGAGGAAGAUCGACGGUAUUAGAUACAGUUGAGAUUUACAUCAUAAGAUCACGAAUUUGAUAUUAAACUCCAGGAGUUUUGUCCUUACCCUGAAUCCGAAUGUUAGUGCCAAUGACGUGCAGCUAGCAAUGUUGAUCUGAUCGUUCAAAUUUGGCUCUCUAUUUAAUUACAUACAUUUUCUUUUCUGUCUGCGGGUCGUACUGGUAUGAGAAUGCUGGUCGUUCUAAAUCUCAAUCACCUUCCAACUUUUCAGCUCCUUUUUAUAGUUCAAGUUUUGUUCAUCUCCUGUGUCUGUGGUGUGGCGGGCGACCUCCCUCAAUCUUAACCUUCAUAACCUUAGUGCUGUCUUCUUGCUUCAAGAAUUUUGACAGGAGACUCCUACUCUGUUCUUCCAUGACUCAUCGAGUACUCAUCCAGGCGUUGUCGUACUCCUACUCAUCUAGCAGCACUCAUCUAGUAGCACUCAUCUAAGGCUCAUACUUUGUCUUCCUCAAGCUCUAUCUGUGUAUCUUCAUGGUCAUAUUAGCUUAGCACGUCUAGUUCUCAUACUCUGUCUUCUUCAGGCUGUUCCUCAUUGAAGCUGUCUACCUCUAUCUGUAACUGUAUCAUCUUCAAGUACUAGCUCAAGUUCAAAAACAAUGGCUGGCGCUUAUGUUUUUUGUUAUAGCUGCGGCGACGAUGCGGACCAUCGUCCAUGAUAACCCAGUCCAUCUCGAUCCGAAUCCAGAGGAAACGCCGCCGAAUGCGAGACGUAUUGUUCGUGCUUUUUAUAUGAUAUGCUUCGUCCUUCGUAAUUGCGCUCGCCUUUACGUGAAGGUGGUGGUCCUGAAGAUUGAAGACUUAGUUUCAUGUUGACUCACGUCUAAUUAUGAUAAGAUAGUCUGGAGUUGUAGUUGCUCCUCGUUGAUAGUACAGAAUUCUCGUUCUCCUCGUCGUCUCUCACUUUCUCCAGCUCGAGUUCGGGUCUGUUCUACUCGCAGUCCUCUCCAGCGUAACUUGAAGAAGAUGGACGCAGAUACCGCUCGGCUGCUUUUUCAACGAAAUUGACGUCGCAGCUUUUUUCCUCCUCUACGACACAACGACACGCGGCCCCUGCAGCAAGCGCUUUUCGUUUGUGCUCUCAUGAUGGACCGCGGCGAUGAUUACAACUUCACACUUCUUUCCUGCUUAUCACUCUAUGCCACACUAUAUUGUCGCUCACCGUUCAUCGUUUUCCUUACGGUCUUCGUGCAGUAAGAUUUUGAAAUCCACGGAUGGGCUGCACCAUUAACAUGGUGCUGAGCAUGUGCUGCCAAACAGAGCUGCGGCGAGGUCGUGGCAACUUCGUGGCCAUCAUCUACACCUCAACGCAACUCUUCUGAAGGUCCACUCACGAUACAUCAUGCCUACCACACGAGCAAGCACUUUAUGUGGGCUCGUG